AUGGUUUUUGAUCAGUGGCAUAACAAGCCUGAAAUAGAGAGAGAAAGAAAGAGAAUGGAAAGAGGAUCUUGUAGUAGCAGUAGCAAGGCAUGUUCCAAUCUCAGUAAUGGAGUUUCUUCUUUGUUGAUGAUCAAUAAUUCUGGUUCUGGAGCAGGAACAAGUGAUAAGGCGCUGUUUCCUACGUUGAAUGGAAACAAUUAUAAUAGCGAAAAGGUACCAGCUGGUUUGAUGCCUCAAGACAGUACUGGAACAAGUGAUAAGGCGCUGUUUCCUACGUUGAAUGGAAACAAUUAUAAUAGCGAAAAGGUACCAGCUGGUUUGAUGCCUCAAGACAGUACUGGUACUGGAUGUUUCACUCACACCACCAACAUUACUUCCAUGAAGGCUAAGAUUAUAGCUCAUCCUUACUUCCCUCGACUCUUGGCUGCCUAUGUCAAUUGUCAAAAGGUUGGGGCACCUCCUGAAGUGGUAGCUAGGUUACAUGAAGUCUGCGUUUCUGGGGAAGCCAUGAAUAGUUCAUCUGUAACAACGUGCUUAGGUGAGGACCCAGCACUUGACCAGUUCAUGGAAGCUUACUGUGAAAUGUUAAUCAAGUAUGAGCAAGAGCUUACAAAACCUUUCAGAGAAGCCAUGUUUUUCCUCUCAAAGAUCGAGUACCAGCUCAAAUCCCUAACUGUUUUUUCCACCUCUGCCUUUCAAAAUACAUCUUCCGAGGAAGAGGUUGAUUUGAAUGACUUCUGCAUUGAUCCCCUAGCUGAGGACAGGGAACUGAAAGGUCAGCUUUUGCGCAAGUAUAGUGGAUAUCUGGGCAAUCUCAAGCAGGAAUUCAUGAAGAAAAAAAAGAAAGGGAAAUUGCCAAAGGAAGCGCGCCAGCAGUUGUUAGAUUGGUGGAACGUACAUUACAAGUGGCCUUAUCCAUCGGAGUCACAAAAGCUAGCGCUUGCUGAAUCUACUGGCCUUGAUCCGAAACAAAUUAACAACUGGUUUAUCAAUCAGAGGAAGCGUCACUGGAAGCCUUCAGAGGAUAUGCAGUUUGUUGUGAUGGAGGGUGGAUAUCCCCACUACUAUUUGGAAAAUAAUGUUAUGGGUAAUCCCUUCUCCAUGGAUUGCAAUCCGACACGCUUUUGACGACAUUUUUCU